CAGGACAUUCUCAACGAGAUCAAGAUUCUAAAAAGCUACCAACUUCAAUAUUUCCGCCACCUACGUCAAUAAGUCUCACGAUGCAUGCAUGUCUCAUACUCCUCCGGGCCGCGCCUUUUUUGGCCUCUACAUCCUAUGUUACAUACACGGUCGCUGAAGACCUGUACCUCCGUCCAUUUGGCAAUUUCAGACCCGACCUGCGGGAACAGGCAAACCAGAUCAUACCAGCCUAUCGCGACCGCUGGUUCCCACCAUCACUAGCUGUCAUUUUCACCUUAUACCCCUUAGGUAUCGGCACAGCCAUCACCAACCUAGUCAUCCGAAAAGGAAGCCUAGACCUCACCGGGGCAUCCGGCUCAAACCAGCGUGUGGCAGCCGGCCUCUACAUUGCCGGCGCCGUGUUCAGCGCCCUACAUUUCGCAUUUGGACCCCGCGACUUGGCCAUUGUGAAGCGUAUUGAUGAGAAGGAUAAAGACAACGCCAAGGGUAUGGCGGAUUGGGUUAGCAUGAACCGCAUUAGGGGUCUCGUCGCCGAUUUCCCAAGUUGGUUAUGCUAUUUUGCUGGGUUUAUGUACGCCAUGUCAUGAAGCUGAAUGGUUUUGGUGUCUGAUUGGUUCAAAGGAAGGAAGGGUAUAUAUGGCAAGAAUAACCAAGUUCUUUCACGUACGACCAUACGAUCCGGAAAACUCGGGAUCCCGUCCGCU